AGUGGGGAGACAAGAGUUGCCCGGUCAACGUUUUGUUCACAGCAUUAGAGGUACGAACUUGACGCUUAUCGCCUUGCGUAUGAUGCCUCAAGUAUACCAGGCGAUUUUGCAUGCGUGUCUGGACCACAGGUGCCUAUCCGUGGAAAAGUUCUCUCGGUGGUUACGAUCAAUCUGUACAGUACUCCUUUCACGAAACACUGCGUCAGAUAGGACCAAGGCUAUUGGAUACAUGGAACAAGCCGUCGCAGUGCUCGAUGAGCAUGGCGAUCUACACGAUGACAGCGGUGACGUACGUGCCCACCAUGAACUGUAAUCACCCGUAUGGUAACGGUCACACUGAAGCUAUACCCGAUGGAUGAACGUCAAUGGCUUCUCAGCACGUCUUACAACACCGGCAUCGAAUGUUUACAGUUCGACAUUUACAAUAUCCGGAUGACGUCUGUAUUAAUGGAUUGUUUUCUUUGACAGCGCAUCACUGAUUGAUGAGGCCAAACGUUGGUU